AUGAGCAACCUCCCUCCCAUCUCAGAUGCAGAUAUUGCGUACAGCAAUGCCUCGAGUCUGAUGGUCCAGGCAGGUACCAUUUUUGGGAUCGCUUUGGCAAUAACUCUACUACGCUGCUAUGUACGCCUUGUCAUGCUCAAAUCCUUCGGCAAGGAUGAUUGGACCAUCAUAGUUUCAAUGUCACAAAACAAACUGACAGCCUUGCAGCUUCGUCCGCCACCCAUGUGCACAGGCGGCGCAUUAUGUCUAAGUGUUAGUACCUUUAGUCAGAUUGCUCUUUUCAACUCAAUCGUCAACAUCGCUACCGACUUCUUGCUCGCCCUCCUGCCUAUUCCGGUCAUAUUCAGUCUUCAAGUUCGAAUCCGCAUCAAAAUCAUGCUCGCUCUCGUCCUCUCGCUCGGUACAUUUGCAUCUGUUGCUGGGAUAAUGAAGGCCCAUGUAAGCAAAACCAUUUUGAACGACCCCGAACGCUUCGUACAUGACACAUUCUCCAUGUGGAACUUCAUCGAGCUUGAUGUCGGUAUUUUAGCCGCCUCUUUGCCUACGCUCAGGCCUCUGUUCAAUCGCUUUCUUGAAGCUGCGCGAUCAGUCGUACAGAGUCAGCCUACCACAACACCACGAUUCAGCUUCCGAGAACCUGGAUCGUUAGGAUAUGCGAAGCAAACAGAUGAGUUUAGCGAAGUACUCGAGUUAGGGCAAUAUAAGGCUGGAUGCGAAACGGCGGUUAGGGUCUCAUCACGACUGCCGGAAGGUCACGAUGUGCGUUCCUGGCGUCUUGACAGGGCGCAUAAUUCUGAGAGUGUCAUGCCAACCAUUCAUAGUCGUGUGAGCCACUCGAAGGAUAUUCUGGUGACCAAGGAUAUAAGUGUGAGUUAA